UUAUCAUUUUAGACCUCAAAAUACAAUUUUCUCAAUUCCCACUUUCUCUCUCUUUCAGUUGCUUCUUCGUCUUCAUCCAUCCAUGGAGAACCUGAAGAAGUCAGUGAUCAAAAUCGCCUACACCAGCGACCACGCUAACCUCUCUUCUCUGCAACGCUCUUUCAUCCCCUUCCUCUACCUGGCGUCUUCUCUCUACAAGUUCGGUCUGUCCCUUCGUCACCAUUUCUACCUCUACGGCAUAUUUCGCAAGCAUCGGUUGCCAGUGCCAGUUAUUAGUGUUGGGAAUUUGACUUGGGGAGGCAAUGGUAAAACACCAAUGGUCGAGUUCAUUGCCUUAUGGCUUGCGGGCUCUGGGAUUUCACCUCUAAUUCUUAAUAGGGGCUAUGCUGGUGGAGAUGAAGCUAAAAUGCUUGGGAGGCAUCUUGCUGGGAGUUCCGUUAAAGUAGGUAUUGGAGCAGAUAGGAGAGCUACUGCUGCUUGGUAUUUUAACAAAUAUGGUUAUAUUGAAUCUCAAAGUAGCACGUUGGUUGAGAAACAUUGCCUAGAACAAGUGGGAAAUCCUCCUAAGUCUGAAAAAAUUGGUGCUGUUAUCCUUGAUGAUGGAAUGCAGCACUGGAGUUUGCACCAUGACUUGGAGAUUGUUAUGUUCAAUGGGAUAACAUUGUUGGGAAAUGGGCAAUUGUUACCACUUGGACCUUUGAGAGAACCAUUAGCUGCACUCAAGAGGGCGGACGUUGCCGUUGUUCAUCAUGCUAAUCUGGUUUCGGCACAAAAUAUUGAAGAUAUUGUGAUAAUGUUGCGGAAAGUUAAGGAUUCACUUACCGUGGUGUUUACUGAAAUGUGUCCCUCAUUCUUCUUUGAAGUGACAAAUAUCAACUCCAUAAUAUCGUUGGGAACAUUUUCUAAGAGUGUAGUAUUAUGCGUUUCUGCCAUUGGCUCUGCUGAUGCUUUUGUGCAGACAAUGCAAAAGAUAGGAGCAUAUCAUGUUGAUCGACUCGACUUCAGUGAUCAUCACGUCUUUCAAGAUAGGGAUAUUGCACUGGUCAAAAUAAAGCUUGAGAAAUUGGAGGAGAAAUUUGCUUCCAAGCCAGUCAUUGUUGUUACGGAAAAGGAUUAUGAUCGGGAUCCUAUGAUAUUCAAGUGCUUGCAUCCGUACCGUGUUUUUGCUCUCCGUUCUCAACUCCAAAUCAUGCGCAGCAAAGGUUGCAGUGAAGAUAGCUUCAAGAAGCUGUUUGAGUCGACGAUAGGAGUAAAACUCUCUUCUUUAAUGGGGUAUCCUGAGCUCAAAUCUGCAGUUGAGGUUAGAUCUUAGACCAUCUAUGUAGUGAUGUUCAUGCUAGAUGUUUAUAAUGUGUUGAGCAAAAUCAUGUGCAGUUUUUGUUUUCUUUCAGACGAAUAUGAUUUAUUUCAAGAUCUCAUAGGUGAACACACCCCCUUUUUACUCGAAUUUUUGUACAAUAGUUGGAUGAGGUGUGGAAGUAAAUUGCAUUCUACUUUCUUUUGUUAAAUUUCAAACUUAAUCUAUGAUCCAAGUUGUAUUUUCUUUU